AUGAUCGACCUCUAUGCGAAUGUGCGCCAAGUGCUGGACAUCCUCCUUCCGAAAAUUAGGAGUCAACGCGAGCAGUCGUCAAGACCCAUCAUAAUUGGUAUCAGUGGUCUUCAAGGAUCCGGGAAGUCAACAUGGGCAUCGAGAAUCGUGGAUAUGCUUGAAAUACAGCAGGAACUCAAAACUAUCACAAUCUCGUUGGAUGACGUGUACAAAAAGCACGACGAUUUGAUCGCACAGCGGGACCAGGAUCCCGAGAACAAAUUGUAUCGAACGAGGGGCCAGCCUGGUACGCACGAAGAACAAUUGGCCGCAGAUUUCUUCCGCGAGCUUCGAAAUUAUGACGGCAAAGGCGAGCUGAAAAUUCCAAGCUUCGACAAGAGCAGGUUCAAUGGGGAAGGUGAUCGAGCUCCGGAGUCAGAUUGGCCAACUAUCUCGCAAAAGCCCGACGUCGUAGUGUUCGAAGGUUGGUGCGUUGGCUUUCAACCUUUGACUGAUGCUGUGAUCGAGGAGAAAUACAAGCUGGCUCAAGAAGGAAAAUUGCCAAUCAACACCCCGGCGCAACACCAGCUCAAACACUUGCUAGAGGUUAACAAUAACCUCAAGCGCUACUGCAACACGUUUAUGGGACCACAACACUUUGACUUCUUCAUUCACAUCGACACCACAGAUUUGAGAAAUGUUUACAACUGGCGAUUACAGCAAGAACACAAGAUGAUCGAGACAAAAGGCUCUGGCAUGUCGGACGAGCAAGUUCGCACUUUCAUUGAUGGAUACAUGCCGAGUUACGAAAUUUAUCUCGACAAGCUGCGCGAAGGCCUGUUUCCCGAGAAGGGCCGGAUGGUCAGGGUCGAGCUGGACAAGGACCGCCGAAUCGAGAACAUUGAAGAGCUUUGA